AAAAAAAAGGGUGGGUGGGAUGGUGAAUGGGUGUAGUUAUCAUUAAUGACAUUCAUUCGGUUCGUUCAUUGUCACUGUUGUUUUUAUAUUUAUUGAUUUUUCGGUAAAUUAAACAAGUUUGUUAUCGUUUUAGUUGUGAAGUGCAGUGUGUGUAUCGUGAAAGUCACUGUAAAAGGAUUCAAAAUGGGCAACAUCCACACUGUCGGUCCUAACGAGGCGCUAAUAGUUUCAGGUGGCUGUUUCGGGCCGACCACGAAACGUACCAUAGUGGGUGGAUGGGCAUGGGCCUGGUGUCUGGUUACGGACGUCCAACGUAUAUCCCUUGAAGUGAUGACAUUGAACCCGAUGUGCGAGUACGUUGAAACGGCCCAAGGAGUGCCGCUCACGGUGACCGGAGUCGCCCAGUGCAAGAUCAUGAACGAAGACGAACUUCUCACAACUGCCUGCGAGCAGUUCCUGGGCAAGACCGUCAAAGAGAUUAAGAUGACUGUCCUGCAAACGUUGGAGGGUCAUUUGCGAGCUAUUCUCGGAACUCUUACAGUAGAAGAGGUGUACAAAGACAGGGACCAAUUCGCGGGCUUGGUACGCGAAGUGGCUGCGCCGGACGUCGGAAGAAUGGGAAUCGAGAUUCUGUCCUUCACGAUUAAGGACGUCUACGACGAUGUCCAGUAUCUGGCCAGCUUGGGGAAGUCGCAGACGGCCAACGUGAAGAGGGACGCUGACGUCGGUGUCGCUCUGGCUAACCGAGAUGCUGGUAUUAGGGAAGCGGAAUGUGAGAAAAACGCAAUGGACGUCAAAUAUUCGAUGGACACCAAAAUAGAAGACAACACGAGACUCUUCAAACUACAGAAGGCGCAGUUUGAUCAAGAAAUAAACACAGCUAAAGCGGAAGCGGCUUUGGCUUACGAACUGCAAGCAGCGAAAAUAAAACAGAGAAUCCGAAACGAAGAGAUACAAAUCGAAGUCGUCGAGCGUCGUAAGCAAAUAGAAGUGGAGCAACAAGAAAUCCAACGCAGGGAGGAAGAACUGAUAGCGACAGUGCGUCUGCCAGCCGAGGCGGAGGCUUACCGUCUGCAAACAAUCGCUGAAGGAAAACGUACUCAAACUGUUGAGGCAGCUAAGGCGGACGCGGAACGCAUCAAGGUUCUGGGAUUGGCUGAAGCGACGGCCAUCGGGGACGUGGGCAAAGCUGACGCCGAGAGGAUGCUGGCCAAGGCUAAAGUCUACAAGCAGUAUGGCGAUGCGGCUAUUAUGGCCCUCGUUCUCGAAGCGCUGCCAAAGAUCGCGGCAGAAGUGUCGGCUCCAUUAGCGAAGACGGACGAGAUAGUCCUGGUAGGAGACAACGGAACCACCGGAGACGUGGCUCGUCUCGCGAGCGGGAUCCCGCCGGCCCUGAAGACUCUCACCGGCUUAGACCUGACACAGGUGCUGAAACGUUUGCACCCGACCGGCGGAGAAGAGACGAACCUUGCAGCUGCCGCAACCAAGAAGAAGGAAGUCGUAGCUUUCUAAACACAUCUCAGCCCCGACUUCAGCACUACAAUAGCUUAUGUGCCAUACAUCAACAUACCAAAAAAGCAUUUAGUGUACAGUUGAGAACAAAACCGUUUCUACCUAUUAGAUUUAUUGCAAAAUAUUAAAAAACUAUUUAGAAAGCUAACCUCUUAAAAGUAAGUUUUCAAACUACGUCUCAAUUUUUUCCUUUUAAUUGCCGCACAAAAGUUUUCUAGCGCGUGACGUCAUAGGUGCGUAAAGGACAAGCCUGCGGAAUACUGACGAAUGACGUCAUUUGCUGUGUUUUUAAGUAUACUAGAAUUUAUUGUACUUUAUAUAUUUACUACAAACAAUUAAUUAAUUGCACAUAAAAAUUUUGUCUUAAUGAAUGAUGAUUUAAAUUUUUAAAACGUUAUUCUGGUAUCUUUUUUGUGUUGUUUAUUUUAUUUUGUUUUGUCCGAUCGUCAGCUCCCCACCGUUAAACUUAAUUUUAGCGUUAAUGGAAGGAGGUCAAUCAAACAAUUACCUUUUAAUUGUAUUAGUAAAAUGUGUUCAUUUGAUAUUGAAUUUUGUGUUAUUUUCUUUCUUAUUAGAAUAUAUUUGCGUGACGUGUUCAUAAGUACACCUCAAUCUAGAAAAAUGCCAACCGACAAAAACAAAAUAGCCACAUGCUAGUCGUAUGCUAGUUUUCAUUAUCAUUCCUUCUACUGUAUAGUUCUCUCAAAUAGAAUAUAGGGUAUUGUAAAAAAAAAAAGAAAGAAAUUAUAAGGUGCGCGUGUAGUGGUCAUAUAGAAGAUAUUUUUCAGUGGGUCAAUGAAACUGAGAGGUUUUUAGGGAGAAUAGCCAUACGCGAAUCUCUUCAGUAUCGUUCAUCAAUGAAAUAAGCCUAAUUGCGGCUAAGCUUCGAAACCUUGUUAAGAAAUAAUAAAAAAAUGAUUCUGAAAACGAAAAAAAAAAACUUAAUAUCCAUUUUACAAAACCUAUGAUCGUUCUUCUGUGCUAAUCUGUGAUCCUUGAUUCUUCGUAACGUAAAGUUUGGCAAACGUCGCGAUUGUGAUUUUAUAUUAGACGCGUUUGUGUUCUAGAAUUUUCUAGAAACAAUAUGAUUUUCAUUAGUACUUUUUGAUGUUUAUAAAUAUAAUAUAUGGACCGUUUAUUUUGAAAGUGGUGUAAGUCCAUUUUCUUUUGUUUCGAGAAAAUUAAAGAUUACUAUAUUUGUUGAUUUAAAAAUACAGGCAAAUCAUAUGAGGUCUGGCUAUGCCACCUACCUCUGUCAAUUGGACUUACACCACUUUCAUAAUCGAUGAUUAUGCAAUUUCAUUUACCGACCGAUUUUAAGUUGUACAAAACAUGGGAUUUUUUUGAGAAAUUAAACACGGACUAGUUAUAUUUAAAAAAAAAUACAUUAAAUUAAGCAUGAAUUACGUGAUAGCUCAUUUUUCUCAAAAAUGGACUUACACCACUUUCAAAAUAAACGGUCCAUAUUUCAUUUACGCAUACUAAUGAUAUUGUAAUCUUUCCGAUAAAUCGAUCGUAUCGUAAAAUAUCUGCUUCAAAUCUUUUUAUUAUUUACAUCGUUUUAUUCUAAGUUAAUUAUUAUUUUUUGAUGUUUCGGAAACGUCAAGAACAAACCGUAAAAUUGUUUUAAACGAUGCUUAUGCCAUUUUAAUUUAUUGACCUUAGAAUAAACUAUUACGUUAAUUUUGUUUUAUUUUCACGAGACAUGUAGUGUAUUUGCUAAAUUUUAAUGACGAAUUAUAUAACUGUGUAAAUUAUUCGGUAUUUGUAUUCCCGGGAGUGAUUCAAAAUGUCAUAUUUUAUGGUAAACUUUACGAUAUAUAUAUAGAAAGUUAUAUAACAUAAAGGAACUGUAUUUUUCAGUAGAGAAAAAUAGAUGUGAAACGUCUUAUGUAUAAUUAAGUAGCGUAGAUUUUUUACUAUCUAGAGAUAGUUCAGAAGUUUCUUUUUUGUUUUUUCAAAACGUGUUCUUUGUAACAAGGCACUGCCUGUUUUUGUUUCGAAGCGAUUCGUAUUCUACAAUAUUAUAUUCAAGUAUUUGUGUGCGCGAUUGUAUCUGUCGUUCUGUUUAAUCUUCUGUAAUAUAUUGGCCGAAAACCUUUUUUUUUUUUUUACGUCGGGGCAUGUGAUAAUUUCGUGCACGGUUGUAUUUCAAAGUGUGCUUAUGAUUAAUAAACUUUUUGUGUACUUUCAAUUGAUUAUUGAUUUCGUCUGACAUACGAUGUGAAUAAAACGUGUAUUUUUGA